UUGCGUAAUAUACGAACUAUAUAACUGAGUCGGCCGCACCAGCAGGACAAAUUUGACGCCGCCGCCGCCAAAAUGUCGCCGGUCACUCGCUCGCUGCUUGCGCUUGCUGUGCUGGUCGCCGCCGCCGAUGCGCAGAGCAACUGCAGAACUGUGCUGUUUGGCGUCGCAACUAGUGAUCCAAUAAACUUCCAGCCAACCCAAUAUAACGCUGGAGGCGCAAGACUCUAUAUGGAGAAUGAAUGUCAAAACCAGCAAAGAAGAAUGUUAGCGGGCGAGCUGGUUACGGCGUGCGAUUAUAAUCCGAACGGCGUCGCGCCGGACAUCACUGAAGUGUCCCCUCCCCAGUUCUCGCCCGUGGACGUGAGGUGCCUCGACGGCUGCCCCGGUGGCGGCAUUGUAAAAAUUGUGCAAUAUUGUUAUUGAUCUUUGAUUAAACAUCGGUAACAAAAAGUCU